UUCUAUUGGGCUGGAAAAACAACGGAUUUCCAUCUGAAAUUAUUUCCGUUGUCAAUCAAACAGUGGCGGCUGGCUUGGAGAUGUACAAAGCAGCCAUCGAGAAUCUUAGGCCGACCCCAUCCAAGAGUCAUUACGUUUUUAAUUUGAGAGAUUUCUCCAGAAUGAUACAUGGUUGCGCAAUGCUUCGGAAAGAAUCAGCCGAAAGUAAAAAGACGUUUGCCAAAAUAUGGGUGCACGAGGUGCUCAGGGUGUUCUACGAUCGACUAAUAGAACAUCAGGAUCGAGAGUGGUUGUUUGGCAAAUUGCGGGUCUGCGUCAAAGAGAACUUUCGCGACUAUUUUGAGCAAAUAUUUGACAAUUACCCUAGGGAUAAGAACGGGAUUGUCUUGCAAAGUGCGAUAAAAACGUUGAUGUUUGGGUCGUAUUUCGACCAGGACUCGGACGAGGAUAAGCGAUACGAAGAAGUCGUGUUGUUAGAGGCGUUCAAAGCCCUAAGCCAAAACUGCCUGGACUAGUACAAUGCCACUCACAAGACCAAAAUGGAUAUAAUUUUAUUUGAUUAUGCUCUAGAGCAUCUCUCGAAAAUCUGCAGAGUCUUGUCAAUGAACUGUGGCAGCGCAUUACUCGUAGGAUUAAGUGGAUCCGGACGUCAAUCGCUAACUGGUCUCGGCAGCGAGAUUUUCGGACACACCUUGUUCCAACCGGAAAUCACAAACAACUACAGCAUUAACGACUGGAGGGACGAUAUAAAGAAGAUCCUGAAGAAAUCGGGUGGUAAAGGAAAGCACAGCGUUUGUCUGAUUUCAGAGGGCCAAAUCAAAGAGGAAAACUUUUUGCAAGAUGUCUUAUGUCUAAUGCUUAAUUUAGGAGAAGUUCCCAAUAUUUAUCAGAUUGAUGAAAAGCAAGAGAUAUUAGACAUGGUCAGACUGGCAGCUCAAGGUGAUAAUCGGAAUUUUGAAAUUAGCCCCUUGGAAGUGUUUUUCUUUUUUACGAAGCGUUGUAAAGAGCGAUUGCACAUCAUUCUCUGCUUUAGUCCGGUCGGGUCCACGUUUCGAAACAGACUCAGAUUAUACCCAGCCCUCAUUAAUUGCUGCACUAUAGAUUGGUUCGAACUGUGGCCGGAAGAAGCUCUGGUUGAAGUCGCCCUCGGUUGGAUAGCCGAAGUAAAUUUGUCUGCCAACAUUAAAGACGUUGCAGUGACAGUUUGCCAAAAUUUCCAUGUUGAAGCUGCUAAGGUAUCUGACGAAUUCUUUGAGAAAACUGGUCGCAAGACAUACAUAACUUCGGUGUCCUACUUGGAACUGAUCAAAUCUUUGACCAACAAAAAGCAGAACGAACUGACUGCGGCGAAAAACCGUUAUUUGGGAGGCCUGGAAAAGCUUUAUCACUCCUCGAUAAGCAUCAGCGAAAUGCAACAACACUCACUGGCCGAAUUGCAGCCUCAGCUGAAGGAAAUGAGCGAAAAGGCCACCGAAAUGCUAAAGCAAAUCGAAAAAGAAACAUUAGCAGUAGAAAAAAUAUCGACAGUAGUGCAAUAAGACGAGAAGAUUGCCAACAAGCAAGCUGCAGCUGCACAAGCUUUAAAGAAGGAAUGUGAAGCUGAUUUAGCCGAAGCUUUGCCUAUUUUAAACGAUGCAAUAGCUGCCCUGGACACGCUUAAACCAGCUGACAUUACUCUGGUGAAAUCAAUGAAGAAUCCUCCAGAUGCCAUCAAGUUGGUAAUGGCGGCCGUUUGCAUUAUAAAAGGACUGAAGCCAGAUCGAAUACCAGAUCCUUCUACUGGCAGAAUGCUUUUGGACUAUUGGGGGCCCAGCAAAAGGUUGUUGGGCGACAUGAACUUCCUUCAGAAUUUAAAAGAUUUCGACAAGGAUAACAUCAAGCCUGAAUUGAUGGCAAAAUUGCGAAAAGAGUAUAUAUCUAACAAAGACUUUAAGCCUUCCAUUGUCGCCAAGGCGAGUAGUGCAGCUGAGGGACUAUGCAAAUGUAUCAAUAGUAAGCAAUUUACACUGCUUAACGAAGCCAUCAAUAAGCAAAAAGAAUUGCAAGACAGUGUGGAUUUAUGUAAUAAGUUGUAUCGCGCUCAAAAACUCAUCGGAGGUCUUGGCGGAGAGAAAACUCGUUGGACUGCUUGUGCAGACGCUCUUCGGGUCCAAUUCGAUGGUUUAGCUGGAGACAUUCUGAUAUCGUGUGGGAUAAUAUCUUACUUGUCUCCUUUUAACAGCAUCUACAGGCAAAGAAUUGUGCUCGACUGGCACAAGUACGUCAAAAACUUAGAUAUUCCAACAGCCGAUGAAUUCGAGAUGGUCACAGUGCUGGGGUCAGAUGUUAAGAUCCAGCAAUGGUAUAUGAGCGGCUUGCCGAGAGACAGCUUUAGUACUGAGAACGGAAUUAUAAUGGAUAACUCUAGAAGAUGGUCCCUAUUUGUUGAUUCGUAGGCUCAAGCCAGCAGCUAGAUUUAAAAAAUGGAAAAAGUCAAUAACUUGGAGGUGGUCAAAUUUUCUUUUCAAAAUUAUAUGACGACUAUUGAAACCUGCUUUCAAUUCGGGUAUCCAGUAUUAGUAAGUAGCACACAAGAACUCACUUUAGCCGCUCUAGAUCCGUUAUUGUACAAGAAAACGUACAAGCAAGCCGGCAUUGAAGUGAUCAGCGUUGGACAGAAUGUGAUUGAAUACAAUAAGAACUUUAGGUUGUAUUUAACAUCUAAGUUGAGAAAUCCACACUAUCUACCGGAAGUGUUCAACCGUGUGACGAUUAUCAGUUGUUGGGUAACUAAAACGAGCAUUCCUUAUUUGUUAGUCAGUAUUAUUUAAAUGUUUCCAUGCGCAAUAGGAAUUGUUGUGGCUGUUGAAAAGCCUGAACUACAACAGCUGAAAGAAGAACUGAUAGUUCAAAAAGCGGAAAACAAGGCCGCUUUGGAAAACACGGAAGAAAAAAUCUUAAAAACCCUCUCAGAGACUAAAGGCGAUCUUGACGAUUCGAUGCUUCUGUCUACGGAAAUCUGUGAGAAGCAGGAAAAAUCAUUUCAAAUCGAAAAGUCGAUUGAAGAAUUCAGAGUGAAGUACCAAGCAGUAGCGGAACAUUCGGCCGUAUUGUACUACUGUAUUUUGGAUGUAGCCAACGUAGACCCCAUGUAUCAGUACUCCUUAGAGUGGUUCAUCAAUCUGUACGUGGGAUCGAUACAAAAAGCAGAGAAGUUCCGCAGCAUCGAGAAACGAUGUCAAAGCCUGAUAAAUUGAUUCACUUUGGACCUGUAUAACAACAUCACGCGUUCUUUGUUCGAAAAAGACAAAUUGCUUUUUUCGUUUUUGCUCUGUUCCAAAAUCAUGAUUUCCCAGAGAAAGCUGAAUGAACGCGAGAUUAUGUUCUUUCUUACUGCCGGAGUGACUGUCGAAAACGCCCUAAAAAAUCCGUACGAAUCUUGGUUGCCCGACAAAUCCUGGGAUGAAAUUUGCAGAUUGGAAGAUUUGACCAUCUUCAAAGGUUUUCUGCAGCACUUUGUAGAUGCCCAUGAUAAAUGGCGGAAUAUUUACGACAAUUAUCAAGAGGAUUUGGUGUGGCCAGAACCUUGACACAGAACUCUAUCUAAUAUUGGACGUUUAAUUGUCAUCCGAGUUCUUAGACCAGACAAAUUAAUCAGGGCCGUCAGUCUCUUUGUCCAAAACGAGACGGAUGAACGGUUUCUUAAACCACCGCCAUUCAACAUUUCACUCUCCUAUAACGACUCCUACAGUUUAUGUCCAUUGAUUUUCAUAUUAUCUCCUGGCACCGACACCAUGGCUGCACUAGUAAAAUGUGCGGAAGCGCAGAAAAUGUCGAACAGAUUUCGAUCGAUUUCGUUGGGUCAAGGUCAGGGUCCGAUAGCUCAGGCAAUGAUCGAAGAAGACCAGGACUCCGGAAUGUGGGUUUGCCUGCAGAAUUAGCAAGUGAAAAUGACCAACGAACGACCGACAGGGUUUCAAAACAACCUUCUAAAGUCCUACAUAAGCGACCCGGUAAAAAAUCCAGAGUUCUUCAACGGCUGGCCAGAGCACGAGGAAAUGUUCUCCAGGCUGUUAUAUGGCUUGGCCUUCUUCCAUGCAGUGGUUCAAGAAAGAAGAACGUUUGGACCGCUCGGUUGGAACAUUCCGUAUGGAUUCAACGAUUCCGAUUUCGAUAUAUCUGUACAGCAAUUGCAAAUGUUUAUUAACGAGAGCGACAAUCCGUUCGAGGCUUUGUCCUACCUAAUUGGUGAAUGCAACUAUGGAGGUAGAGUGACGGAUGAUUGGGACAGGCGAUUGAUUGUGAGCAUUCUAGACGAUCUAAAUCCUCGCAUAGUUACACAAAAAAACUACGUCUUUGUCAAUUUAAGGUACUUAAAACAUCGUACGAGGUUGCGGGGUAUGCUGCUUUCAGGUCUGGUGGCAGUGCCUCCGGAACUAGAAGCUUUUUCUACUGCUUUGAUGCUGGGACGACUGCCAACCAACUGGGCUGCAGUGUCGUAUCCAAGUUUGAAAAAUCUGCCUAGUUACGUGUCAGACUUUCUCAAUCAAAUGCACUUCUUGCACAAAUGGCUCAGUGGAGGAAAACCGCCUAGCUACUGGGUUUCGGACUUAUUUUUUACUCAAGCAUUCCUAACUGGUGUCAAACAAAACUAUGCUAGAAAAUAUACUAUUCCCAUCGACAAAUUAACAUUCGAUUUUGAGAUAUUGCAGACCGAGAACUCAGAGACUCCUCCAAUCGUUAAGCAUCGAGCUUAUAUUUAUGGUCUAUAUACCGAUGGCGCCCGUUAUGAUAGAAACAAAGGAAUCAUUGCUGAACUGUAUGCAAAAGUUUUGCAUGACACAAUGCCUUUGAUCUGGAUCACGCCUAUCAAAAUCGAGAACUGUAACCCAGGGUCUCGGUACAAUUCACCCGUUUACAACACAUCAGUGAGGAGAGGAGUGCUCUCAACCACUGGUCAUUCAACGAACUACGUCUUACCGAUCCUGCUUAAUACUUUGGAGCCUGCGUCCCAUUGGAUCAAAAGAAGCAUGGCAUUGCUGUGCCAGCUGGAUUAGCUUAAUGCGUUUUAAAGUGCCCUUUACAACCUUUGUCUUUUGGAAACAGCUUUGUAUACCAUAUUGUUUCAUAUAAAUACAAAUCUUAACCACAUAA